ACUGCAGACUUGGCAGAGAUCCUCCACACCUUCACUGAAGACUAUCAGGAUAUCAAGCAAAGUAAGGAAGCCAUGAAUUCCCAAAUUGCAAAGAAAAAUCAAAGCCUCACCACAGCUGAGGAGAUGAGAAACCAAACCAAGCUUGUGAUGCAGCCGUAUGCCAACUGGGAGGAGUAUCUGACUCCUGGUCCACUCUCCAUAGCCAUCCUGGGAGAGCUGGUCUUCAUCUCCUCCAAAACAGAUUUCUCCAUCAACAAGAACCCACCUAAAGAGGGCUACAAGUACAUCAAAUACCCAGAUUCAUUUCGUGCCUGCCUCAUGCAGGUGUGUAACUCUGGCUGGUGGGCUUUCAACGAGGCCCAUAAGAACAUGGAUCAGAUUAGACUCCACACCAUGGCAGUUCCAGAUUACAUGAAGACGGCUGUGAAGAUCCUGUUCCAAGACAAUGAUGAGGUUGUUGAAGCCCACCUUCCUGAUCAGCUGGAGAACAUUCGUGUCAUUGCAGAUGAUUGUCUUGAGUUGGCCAAUGCAACAGAAAAGCGGUUCACUGAUGUCAUCAAUAUUAUCCAGGAACUGCUGGAAGCAUGUGUAAAUGCUGAGCACUUUUAUGGGGAGGAGCUGGAUGCUAUCAAGAGGAAACUGGAUGAGGCCAAGAUGAGGAAACAGUCAUCAGAAGAAGCUACUAAACGCUCAGAGAAAGCAAUGAAAGCCAUGGAAGACCAACUUAAGGAAGCACAUGCAGGUUACAAAGAAGCAAUGGAUUCACUACCCAGUGGAUGGAGCAUGAUUGCUAUGGAUCUUGUCGCAGGCUUGACUGAGAGUGUCACAACUCUUGUUAAUGGAGUAACAGCUGUGAUUACCCAGCCAGUGAACAAACUCUGUAAUGCUUCCAGAACAAUUGCUGAUACAAAGCAUUACAUUAAAGGUCAAGAAUCUGCUGUUGAUGGUGUUGAUGUAAUUAAUAUUUAUAGCAAAUCUGCAGAAAUCCUGAUGUGCACAGUGAAUGUACAAGAGUUUGUGCAGGACAACACUAUUAACUGGAAAGACUUGUAUGAUCAGAAGAAUAAAGCUACAUUAACAGAUUUCCAGGCAGAUCAGUUCAAAAGAAUCAAGGAAUCUUUAAAAGAAAGCCCAAACUGUAAAGCAAAAACUUAUGCCCAAAGCAUAUGUGAUGAGGGCAUUGCAAUCUGUACAAAACUAGCAAAGUAUGCACCAGAGGGGAAAUGUGAAGAAACCAAAACAAAAAAGCUGAUUAAAAGGAUCAGAAAUCUGACUGAAUCAGCUCGAAGUUUCGACAGCAAAAGUAAAGACGUCACAAAUUCUCCUUCCCUGGCUCCCAAACCACCAAUGAUGUAUAAAGAAGAAAGUAAAUCUGGGAAGAUGAGCGCUUCACAAAGAGAAUCAGAGAAUGCCAGGUUCCGCAUAGAGCAGAGCCGCGCUCAACUGGACAAGACCAGAGAGAUCUAUGAGAAGAGUGUAGAGAACAUGGAGAAGAACCAAAAGGAGCUGACUGAAAUCCUGAUCACCAUGAGGAACUGCGAGGUCAAAGAGAUAGACUUUAACACCACUAUACAAAUGCUGGUCAAAGGUAUGGAUGCCAUGGGGAGAGUGAAGGAGCAGUGGGAGAAGAUGGUGCGUUUCUUUCAGAUGGUGUCCAACAUCGUGAAAACCAGCCUGACAAGAACCCUUAAAGAUUUUGUGUCCACAUCUGAGAAAACACAAUCACUUUCCUAUAACGCAAAGCUCUUCUCCAAAGACCUGCUCUACAAUCAAGCCUUUCAAGCCACUAACAUCGCCAGCCUCGUCCACAUGAUCUCAGCAACCUACACCGAGGUGUCCACCAAUCACAUCAUGGAUCGUGUCAGCUCUCUGGGAAAACUGAUGGCCAUGGACAAGGAAAAGCCAGAGUUUCUUUCUGAGCGUCUGCAGUUACAGAGCUCCUGUGAUGAGGCCCAGAAAGCCAUCUUACACCUUGUCCUCAAGAACAAGGAUGAGUUUGAAAGGAAGAGUGCUGCAAGACUGGAGAAGAUUGACAAAGAGUUGCUCGCUAUUCUCCCUGCUGCUGCUCCAGAAGAGAUAAAGAGCAUUCAAGCAGCUGUUAAAAGUGGAUUCGCAGAGGAAGAGGAAGCAGACUACUACUGAGUGAAUGAAUAAAAAAAAUUCUACUUGUCUACAAUUAUAUCCAGUGAAACACCUAAAGCAUGAAACAAGUGCAACAUAAUUAUCAUGGUAUAACUAUUCAGGCUCCUUGCUGUUUACUUAAACUUACACUGGUAAUUUCUUACACAUAAAGACUUUACAUAAUUUUUUUUGCAGUUGACUUGAAAAUAUUCUUCUCAGGAAUCAACUUACAUCGUAUCAUUCACUUUUGUUACAUUUAAUUAACUCACUUUAAAUCUUCCAUUCUAACUGCACUCAUAUUACAAAUAUUACAAACAUUUAUAAUAUUCUUGUGUAUAAUUAAUGCUCUGUCUUGGCGAAAAAGUGACAAAUUUAUUUUGCUCUUCGAAUUGGUGUGUUAAGUUGCUGUUGCUUUAUUUGCUAACACACCUUAUAUCGUAUUACAUUUUUCAUUAUCUUUGCAGUAAACAAAAAGAAAGAUUACUUACUUACAUGUAAAAUAUGUAUUACUUUGUGCUCAGUAAUUUCUUAUUUGAUAAUGAGCUUGCCAUUAAUUUCUCUUUAUGUUAUAUAUAACAAAUAACAAUGCAAUAUAUUUAAAAAAAAAAAUCCUUUCCCUGGAAAACUAGCAGGUGUUUGCUGAUCUCAUUUGCUUUUUGCAUCUACCUAACACCUUAUGUACUUACAUCUUGUAUUGUUAUAUUACAGACAUGAUCAUUUACUUCACCUCCAUCUCUAUGUUGUGCUUACAAUUAAUGAAUAAAAACUAUUAUAAAGGCAAACUGAAUUUUUUUUAUUUUUAAAAGGAUUGUCAAUGGAGCAUUGAUGUGAAAUUGGGCCUCCAUCACCGUAACAGCCCGGGUGUACCUGUUUAGUAUCUGUCAAGUAAAAAAAAGUUUACAAAAUUGAUGCACUACAGCUGUGAAAUAAAACAGAUGUUGAUUUAUAUACACACCUACU